AUGUUUUUGUCUGUCCGCCAUAAACUUAUCUAUCUAUCUGGUAUCUAUCUAUCUAUCUAUCUAUCUAUCUAUCUAUUUUGCCAUCUAUCUAUCUCAUCCUGUUUAUUAUCUAUCUAUCUAUCUCAUUCUGUUUAUUAUCUAUCUAAACUUUUAUCUGUCUGUAUCUCUAUCUAUCUAUCUAUCUAUAUCUAUCUAUUUAUCUAUCUAUCUAUUUAUUAUCUAUCUAUCUAUCUAUCUAUUAUCUAUCUCAUUCUGUCUGUUUAUCUAUCUAUCUAUCUAUCUAAACCAUUCUAUUUGUAUCUCGAUCCAUCUAUCUAUCUCAUUCUGUUUUAUUAUCUAUGUAUGUAUCUAUCUAUCUAUCUAUCUAUCUAUCUAUCUAUCUAUCUAUCUAUCUAUUUCAUUCUGUUUAUUAUCUAUCUAAACUUUUCUAUUUUUAUCUCUAUCUAUCUAUCUAUCUAUCUAUCUAUCUAUCUAUCUAUCUAUCUAUCUAUCUAUCUAUCUCAAUCUGUUCAUUAUCGAUGUAAACCAUUCUAUUUGCAUCUCGAUCUAUCUAUCUAUCUAUCUAUCUAUCUAUCUAUCUAUCUAUCUAUCUAUCUAUCUAUCUAUCUAUCCCAAUCUGUAUCUGUAUAUAUCGAUCUAAAUCUGUUUCUAUCUAUCUAUCUAUCUAUCUAUCUAUCUAUCUAUCUAUCUAUCUAUCUAUCUCAUCCUGUUUAUUAUCUAUCUAUCUAUCUAUCUAUCUAUCUAUCUAUCUAUCUAUCUAUCUAUCUAUCUAUCUCAUUCUCUUUAUUAUCUAUCUAUCUAUCUAUCUAUCUAUCUAUCUAUCUAUCUAUCUCAAUCUGUCUCUAUCUAUACAUCUAUGUAAGUCUAUUCUGCUUUAAUAAUUUUCUUUCUUUCUUUCUUUCUUUCUUUCUUUCUUUCUUUUCUUUUAGAUUUUUCUUUUUUUCAUUCUUUAUUUUUUCUUUCUUUCUUUCUUUUUUUUCUUUCUUUCUUUCUUUUACAUUCUUUCUUUCUUUCUUUCUUUUUCUUUCUUUCUUUUCCCUUUUCUUUCUUUCCCUUUUCUUUUCUUUAAGACAGAUUCUUUCUUUCACUUUUCUUUCUUUCCCCUUUCUUUCUUUCUUUCUUUCCCUUUUCUUUCUUUCUUUCUUUCUUUCUUUCUUUCUUUCUUUCUUUCUUUCUUUCCCUUUUCUUUCUUUCUUUCUUUCUUUCUUUCUUUCUUUCUUUCUUUCUUUCUUUCUUUUUCUUUCUUUGUUUCCCUUUUCUUUCUUUCUUUCUUUCUUUCUUUCUUUCUUUCUUUUAUCCCAUUUCUUGAAUUCCUUUUCCCUUCCUUCCUUAUUCUUUUUACAUAGGUUCGUGAAGCCUUUCUUGUUUUCUUUCUUUUUCGUGCAUUCUGUCUUUCCCUUUUCUUUCUUUCUGUCUUUCCCUUUUCUUUCUUUCUUUCUUUCUUUCUUUCCCUUUUCUUUCUUUCCCUUUUCUUUCUUUCUUUCUUUCAUCCCUUUUUCUUUCUUUACCUUUUUCUUGCUUUUUUUUCUUUUCUUUUUCUUUCUUUUAAAAUAUCCUUUAUGCAGUUCUUUGUUUCUGUUCCGAUUUCCCUCCCUUCCUUCCGUUAUUUUAUUACACACAUUCUUUCUUUUUUGCUUUCUUUCAUGUUCGUUCUCUCUUCUCUCCUAUCUAUUUUCUAUCUUUUAA